AAGGAAGGGAGGGAAAGAAAAAGAGGAAAGGAAAGAGAGGUAAAGAAAGUUAAGAGGUAAAGAAAGAAGAGAGAAAGAAAAGAAAAGAAUGGAAAGUGAAAAGAAGGAAGGAAGGAGGAGAGGAUGGUCCUCCUUGGCCAAAGUGAAGCCUUGAUGGGGGGGUUAAUUUGCAAAACAAAACAAAAGAUAGACUACAACUCCCAGGUUCCCUUUCCAGCCUUGGCUGGGGAUUCUGGGAGUUGUAGUCUUUCAGCAAAGGCUAGAAGUGGUUUGGGCCUUGGGCUUAAGGUCUUGGAGACAUCCUCUCUGCUCUCCCUGGAGCCUCCCCUGAGUGCCCUUGGAUAAGUCAUACUCUCUCAGCCUCUUUGGCGCAGAGCCUUUGAGUAAGCCUUGCUGAGAAACGUCCCUCGGAGGAGAGCAAAGCGGGGCCUGGAUCUCGGCGUUGAGCCCCAUUCUCUGCGGUUGUGCAAAAUGCAAUAAAAAUAUGGAACGCUUCACGAAUUUGCGUGUCAUCCUUGCGCAGGGGCCAUGCUAAUCUUCUCUGUAUCGUUCCAAUUUUAGUAUAUGUGCUGCCGAAGCGAGCACAAACUUACCACUGCCGGCAAAUCUAUAUAUACCUCUACAUGUAAAACAUUUUCAGGUUAUGGCGAGCAGAUUUAUUUUUAACAGCGCGGGCCUUGACGCUAUUUUAAUAACCAUUUAGCUUGUUAUCUUUUUGCCUCCUUUUAUAUUUUAACUUUAAAACUGAACCAAACGUCAAUUUUCCGGUUUUGCUCGCAGGGCAUGAUGGGAGACCCAGUAUGCAAAUUACGCCCCUCCUUAUAUCUUCCCUCUCUCAACGUAGCGGGGUCCUGGCUCUGAUUUAGCCACCUAAUUGCUUGACAAAUAGAAACACAACCAAGAGCCGACUUCGCCUAUUAAACGAGGUAAACUGAAGAGGAACAUGAAGGAGUACGUUUCUGUCGGAGGUGGAAGCUUUUAUAAUUAUAUUUUUUAUUUUAUUUUUUAUUUUUUUAACGUCACAUCAGGCAGUAGCUUAGACAGCAAUGCUAAGAGGACCAUGACUGGGGAAGUUGGCGCAGGCGCAGUGCGUUCAUGACGCUUGCAAAAGAGCUGGAUGCACAGCAGGUUCCAAAGACGGUUUCCUUCCGGGUGAUCAAUCACUGAGGAGGCACGAUGGAUCUGGCGUACGUCUGCGAGUGGGAAAAGUGCCCCAAGAGCAACCACUGCCCUUCCAUCCCACUGGUGUGUGCAUGGUCUUGUCGCAACCUCAUUGCUUUCACCACGGACCUAAAAAAUGAGGAGGAAAAAGACCUCACCCACAUGAUCCACAUCCUGGACACAGAGCACCCAUGGGAUGUCUACUCCAUCAAUUCUGGACACGUCGAAAUCAUCACCUGCUUGGAGUGGGACCAGUCAGGUUCUCGGCUCCUUUCUGCUGAUGCGGACGGACACAUCAAGUGCUGGAGUAUGAUGGACCAUUUGGCCAACAGCUGGGAGAGCAACGUGGGUAGUGUGGUGGAAGGAGACCCCGUGGUGGCCCUUUCUUGGCUGCACAAUGGGGUGAAGCUAGCCCUACAUGUAGAGAAGUCCGGAGCCUCAAACUUUGGGGAGAAGUUUUCCUGGGUCAAAUUCUCUCCAUCCUUGACACUCUUUGCGGGGAAGCCCAUGGAGGGCUGGAUUGCUGUCACCAUCAGCGGCCUGGUCACUGUCUCCUUGCUCAAGCCCAAUGGCCAGGUCUUGACUUCCACGGAAAGCUUGUGCCGCCUCCGAUGCCGGGUGGCCCUGGCCGACAUUGCAUUCACAGGGGGCGGCAACAUCGUGGUGGCUACUUCAGAUGGCAGCAGCGCUUCGCCGGUCCAGUUCUACAAGGUCUGCGUCAGUGUUGUGAACGAAAAGUGCAAGAUCGACACUGAGAUCCUGCCCUCCCUUUUCAUGCGCUGUACCACCGACCCCGUUCGGAAGGACAAGUACUUGGCCAUCACCCACUUGAAGUUCCUCGCUCGGGACAUGUCUGAACAGAUGUUGCUUUGUGCCUCCAAUCAGAACAGCAGCAUUGUGGAGUGUUGGUCGCUACGGAAAGAGGGCUUGCCUGUCAAUAACAUCUUCCAGCAGAUCUCCCCGACAGUUGGAGACAAGCCACCGAUGAUCCUGAAAUGGCGCAUCUUGUCUGCCACCAACGACCUGGACCGGGUUUCGGCCGUGGCACUGCCCAAACUUCCCAUCUCCUUGACCAGCACGGAUCUGAAAGUGGCAAAUGAUACCAAGUUCUUCCCCGGUUUGGGGCUUGCACUUGCUUUCCAUGAUGGCAGCGUGCAGAUCAUCCAUCGCCUCUCGCUCCAGGCCAUGGCAGUUUUCUAUGGCACAACCCCACCGCGUUCGCUGGACGAACCAGCCAUCAAGAGACAACGGCCAGCAGGUCCCCUAGUCCAUUUCAAAGCCAUGCAGAUGUCCUGGACCUCGCUCGCCUUGGUUGGGGUCGACAGUCACGGAAAGCUGAGCAUGCUUCGGAUCUCUCCCUCCAUGGGCCACAUCCUGGACAUGAACAUCACGCUCCGGCAUCUGCUUUUCCUGUUGGAAUACUGCAUGGUGACAGGUUACGACUGGUGGGACAUCCUCCUCCAUGUGCAACCAGGUAUGGUGCAGAACCUGGUGGAGAAACUCCAUGAAGAAUACAUGCGCCAGAAUGCAGCUCUGCAGCAGGUUCUCUCCACCCGCAUCAUUGCCAUGAAAGCGUCCCUCUGCAAGCUGUCUUCUGGCACUGUGGCGCGGGUGUGCGAUUACCAUGCCAAGCUGUUCCUGAUCGCUAUCAGUUGCACCCUGAAAUCUCUCCUCCGCCCUCCCGUCCUGAACACCCCGGACAAAAGUCCCGGGGACCGACUGACAGAGAUCUGCUCAAAGAUCACAGAUAUAGAUAUUGACAAAGUGAUGAUCAACCUGAAGACGGAGGAGUUUGUCCUUGAGAUGACUACCUUGCAGUCUCUCCAGCAGCUGAUUCAGUGGGUUGGAGACUUUGUCCUCUACCUCCUUGCCAGCCUCCCAAAUCAGGGUUCUGGUCCGGUUCGCCCCGGGCACAGCUUCCUCCGUGACGGGGCCUCUCUGGGCAUGCUCCGAGAGCUCAUGGUCAUGAUUCGCAUCUGGGGCCUCUUGAAACCGAGCUGCCUCCCCAUUUACACAGCAACCUCUGACACCCAGGACAGCAUGUCCCUCCUCUUCCGCCUUCUCACCAAACUGUGGCUCUGUUGUCGUGAUGAGAGCCACCCAAGUGAGCCGGAUGAUGCCCUGAUUGAUGAGUGCUGCCUCUUGCCCAGCCAGCUGCUCAUCCCAAACAUCGACUGGCUCCCUGUCAAUGACGCCAUCAUCGGCAAACUGCAGAACAAGCAGCCUGUCCGCCUCCAGUUCGGGAAGCCACCCGGGCUCAUUGGGCAUGCAGUUUCGCUCCAGUUUGAUGCCUCUGCCAGGGCACCUGGACAGCCCAAGAUUGACCACCUGCGGCGACUCCAUCUUGGGGCCCAUCCCACUGAGGAAUGCAAAUCUUGUACCAGGUGUGGUUGCGUCACCAUGUUGCGUUCCCCCAACAAGACGACAGCAGUCAAGCAAUGGGAGCAGCGGUGGAUCAAGAAUUGUCUCUGUGGCGGGCUGUGGAGGAAGAUGCCAUUCAACUGCUCCUGACUGUGGCACCCCAGAGGAUGACGGAGGAAGGAUAGCAGCAAAGUCCAGGGGACUGUUGGACCCGUUGCUUUCUGCGUGGAGUGACUUUAUGGAGAAACAGUUCCACCUUCCCAUCUUUUGGGCACCUGGAUGUCCAAAUAAAUGACUUACUCCCCUCUCCCUCCAAAAAAAUGCAGCUAGAAAAAUAUAUUUAGAGGAGGAGGAUGAAGGCCUGCAUUCUUGAAGUGGGAAGAUCCUGGAAAAUUUGGGGCCAACAUCACAGAUGGAUAGGUGCUACUGGUCACCAAUGGCAUGUUCCAGCAAUGCCUAACUUUGGUCCUGCAGGUGUUUUUCCCAGAAGCCCCAGCCACCUUGGUCAGCGGGCAGGAAUUCUGGGAGCUGAAGUCCCAAACCUCUGGAGGAUCCAGGUUUGGGAACCACUGCUCCAGCUCCUGUACCAUAAAGACACUCGGAAGCAUUGGUUCCCAAAGUUUGGUCCUCCAAAUGUUUUGGACUUUAACUCCCAGAAGCUCUAGUUGACUUUGCCAACAGUCAGGAGUUCUGGGAGCUGAAGUCCAAAACAUCAGGAGGACCAAAGUCUCCCUUUCUGUAUUGGGAACCUGCCAAUGCCAGCUUUCAAUGGUAGACCAGGAAUUUGGGGAAUCUUAACGUGUGUAUUAAACAAAAAUCAGCAGCCUUGAAUUUGAAACUGUAUUUUUUUUUUCUGGCUACAGAAAGCCCUUUGUUGUUGCUUUUUAAAAACAGAUAGGUUUUUGAGAGUUGACCAGUAUAGCUCACUUCCCUGAGAUGUUUGUUUUCUACAUGCAAGGAGUUUGUCCUUUUUUGUAAAAAGGGAGGAUUCAAAAUUUAAGGUCACCCCAGCUUCCACUUUUGGAAAUGAAAUAUGCAAAGUACGGCUGCUAGCAUACUGGGGAGGCAGGAGAGAGAUAACUUUCCUUGGGUAACUUUUUUUGACAUCCAGGGCAUUUCAGGUCUGAAAUUCUGCCACCUUAUUUUGCUGAAAUCUCUAUCUCUAGGGAGGCUACUCUGGGUCUGAAUUUACCCAUGGUCUCUUGGAACUUCCUAGGGUUUGCAAAAGUUAAUUUUGUAGCACCACAUCUCCAUGAAAAACGCAGCCAGUGUGAGCAUGUGGUCCAAAAAAAGGAGCUUUUCCAUGCAGCAUUUUCAUUCUUUCCAUGUUUUCCUUUGAAACAUAGAAUGGACAGGCCCUGGGAGUGAAAUCUUUGGUUCUCCAAAUUCGGUUCCCAGGAUGAUUUGACAACACACACAAACGCACCCCCUGCUCACUUGCUUUUGUGUGCCUUUUCACACUGUUUAUUCUGUUGUGUAUUUGUCUCCGACAUUUGCCUGUUUUCCUAGUCCGCGAGAGCGAAAAUUACAACUUUCAUGGCAUGCUGAGAGUACAAAAAAGGAUGGAAGCAAUAAUUUUGCAAAUAAAAGACUGCCAAGUGUUUUGCUGGCUUAACUGUCUCCCGCUUUUCCCUCCCACGCUGCACUGAAGUCUUUCCUCUUUCCAAAGAAAGAAGGACAGAAAGGGGAGGGAAAACCCCACACACAUACUUGCUGUAUAAUGUGGCUUUAGACAUGGAGAAUCAUGGAAUCCUAGAGUUUGAAGGGGUCACAAGGGGAUAACUGGUAAUCCAUCCCUCUGACAUGCAGAAAGAGGCAACUAGUGAAAGAAGGGAAAACCCUGACAAUUCUUUGCAGUGCAAAUAGUUACCAUUUCCUCCCCCCACCCCCAAACCUGGGGAAGUUACUAUUUGGAUUGCAAACAGAAUUGCUACACAAGGAUAGACAUUAGGCAUUGAAGUCUAAAAAGGUAAUUUCUCCUGGGAGAAGGAGCAUAUCAACAGUGGAAGAUGCUACCUUUGAAGGUGGUGGCAUCUCCUCCUUUGGAGGUUUUCAAACUGGAUGGGCAUCUGUCGGGAGUGCUUUGAUGGUGUCUCCCUGCGUGGCAGAAUGGGGUGGACUAGGUAGCCCCUGGGGCUCCCUUCCAACUCUAGGGUUCUGUGAUUCUUUUUCAAAGCAAAGGUGCCACUUCUGUGAUGGGUUAAUUGGCGGAUGCCAUGACAGCCCU